AUGGCUGAUGUUGAUGUUUUCCCGGCUUUUGGAUACGCAAAGGAGCCUCACAAAACCACACUGCUCCAGUCGGUUGUUGAGUCACAGAGUACCACAAGUAAGACAGUAACUUUCCACAGCAAAAAUGAAAAAUUGCAGCUCGAUGUCGCAAUCGACGGGGGCCAAGACGAGUCGGAGGACGGUCCCUCGGUCGUCUUCAGGAAGGAGAAGAGAGAUGGUAUGCUAGGGGACGGUGUGACGGCAAAAAUCGUCCUGUCUGGGGGUCAGGCCGUGUCUUUCGUCCUUCGCGCUGAUAUCGAACGCCACGUCUCGAAGAACGUGACCACCCCUAUGCUUGACCUCCAUCAGAAUGAUACACAGAUGUUUUGGUUUAAUUGGCUUGCGAAGAGUCAGUACCGAGGGGCUUGGCGGGAGGUAGUGGCUCGAAGUCUCAUGAUUUUGAAAAUGCUCACCUUCGAGCCGACGGGAGCAAUCGUAGCGGCUCCAACUUUCUCCAUACCCGAAGAUGUGGGUGGUGUCAGAAAUUGGGACUACCGCUUCAGCUGGGUUCGGGAUAGUAGCUUUACCAUCUACAUCCUGCUCCGAAUGGGGUUCACCGAGGAGGCGGAUGCUUACAUGGCGUUCAUUAGCGACCGGUUCCAGAAAUCCACCACCAAGGAAGGUGGACUUCCUAUCAUGUUCACCAUCCGGGGAGAGACCGACAUACCAGAGAUAGAACUCGACCACCUGGACGGCUACAAGGGCAGCAAGCCUGUUCGAAUCGGCAAUGGUGCCGCAUUCCAUCAGCAGUUCGAUAUCUACGGAGAGUUGAUGGACGCCAUAUACCUCUACAAUAAGUACGGGAAGCCAAUCUGUUGGGAAACUUGGGUUUCCGUGCGGAAGAUGCUUGAUUAUGUUCUGACCCUUCUUGACAAGCCCGAUAUGUCAAUCUGGGAGGUUCGCAACAACAAGCAGCACUUCGUAUACUCGAAGGUCAUGCUGUGGGUAGCAUUCGACCGCGGCCUUCGGCUUGCAGACAAACGAUGCUUACCCUGCCCUAACCGAGCCAAGUGGAUGGAAGCCCGAGACUCCCUCUACGAGGAGGUGAUGGAAAAAGGGUACAACACGGAGAUAGGCUGCUUCAUACAAAGCUACGAGAACAACACCAUGCUCGACUCGUCUAUACUCAUCGCCCCGCUCGUCUUCUUUAUAGCGCCCAACGACCCGAGGUUCCUCAGGACGAUGGACCGCAUCCUGCUAUCCCCUGAGAAGGGGGGUCUGACCAGCACUGGUCUAGUCUAUCGUUACGACACCACGCUCUCCGAAGACGGUGUCGGCGGGCGCGAAGGCGCUUUCAGCAUGUGCACCUUCUGGCUGGUCGAGGCCCUCACGCGUGCCAGCAUUUACGAGCCCAAGUACCUUGUGCGGGCCAUCAAUCUCUUCGAGAACAUGUUGAGCUUCUCGAACCACCUGAACAUGUUCUCCGAGGAGAUCGCCCGCUCGGGCGAGCAGCUUGGCAACACGCCGCAGGCAUUCAGCCACCUCGCCCUCAUCAGUGCCGCGUUCAACCUGAACCGAGCAAAAGAUAGAAGCCGGUGA